GUAGUUUGAAUUAGUUUGGGUACAUCCUUUUAUUUAUGAUUUUAAAUUGUGAUUAUUUGCAACUUUGUUAGUAACUUGCUGAUUUUGUACGUAAAACGCGCAUAGGUAUACUGUGGUCUUUAUACUUUUACUCGGUCACUACAAAUAUCUACAAAUGGAUGUGUAAAGUGUGUUUGUAACAUGUAAUAACACCCAUCAACCCCUACUUCUUUACUAUUUUACACGAUGUCAUACUAUAAGUAUCUUUUUAAAUAUAUCAUUAUCGGAGACACAGGAGUUGGUAAAAGCUGCCUAUUACUUCGUUUCACUGAUAAACGUUUUAAGCCAGAUCAUGAUUUAACCAUUGGCGUUGAAUUUGGCACGCGUUUUAUAACUGUGGAUGGAGAACAGAUAAAAUUGCAGAUUUGGGAUACAGCUGGUCAAGAAUCAUUCAGAUCAAUUACACGUUCUUACUAUAGAGGAGCAGCCGGUGCUCUAUUGGUUUUUGAUAUUUCAAGACGUUCCACAUUUGACCAUUUGACGAAAUGGUUAGAAGAAGUCCGUGAUAACGGAUCACCCACAAUGACUAUUAUUCUUAUCGGAAAUAAAACAGAUGUUGCUACAAGAGAAGUAGAGUAUCAUGAAGGGAAAAAAUUUGCUGAUCAAAACAACCUUAUUUAUAUGGAAACAUCUGCCAAAGGUGAUUAUAAUGUAGAAGCGGCGUUUCUCACAACAGCCGAAAUGAUUUACGAAAACGUCAAGAAUGGUCUGUUUGAUACAGACUCAGGGGUUCAAGGAGUUAAGAAGGGUCCCAUCGGAUUGCAGAGCAGAAGAUAUGUAAAUGUUCGUGAGGGUUCCGGAUUUUUAAGUCUCUCAUGUUGCGCUCACCGCUGA